CCCACAGAUUAGCCUCUUUAUACCCGUGAAGAAUUCGACGGUAUUUUGCAGUCGACUUCCGUCAUAUCUUUUCCCUGACUAAUGGACAUCCUGGAGCUGUUUACAGUGCACUUGGCAUGAUUCACAAGGUAAGUCCUAGUUAAUGAUUAUGGACAACGAAGAGGAGUCUUUCCCCUUUCUCGAACAAACAGAAGUUAAACGGUCUUUUGUAGACCGACGAACGCUCCGCUACCAUGCAGCAGACGUUCUCCGAGAAGUUUUGAAGAAUGGAAGCAUUCAACGUGACCUUAGCAAUGACGGCAUUUAGAACAUGUUACGAACGGGGAUGGUUGCACUCGGAACCCCUCGAUGCCGAUGCGAUCGAUAUUGUUUGUGUGUUUCCAACGAGACUGAAUGCUAAGUAUAUUGAGCACUAUCUCACUGCUUCUUCGGUCCCGUUCCCCAUACAAAGAUACCCCACCAUUGAGGAUUUAGCGGAAGCGGUACUAAGGAAAUUUCCGCUAAGAAAUAUAUCAGACCUAGGGGCCAGAUCUGUAAGGAGUUUUCCUCCUUGGUCUAGUCGUGCAGUCGACUUCCGUCAAAAUAUAUCAUCCACAACGCGGGUAGGCACUGGAGCCAUUAUAUGGCCUGUCGAAGUUUGUUACCAAGACGAAUUCUAUCGGUGUUUACAGGAGGUUCUCGGAUUUUCGUCGAACGUAUCUAGUGAAUGGUUGGGCGAUGGCGAUGGCCGCAUCGAUUUCAGACUUGCUGACGUCGCAUGGGGUAUCGAACUGUUGCGAGACGGAGAUAGACUGCACGCCCACUGUUCACGAUUUGUGAAUAAUGGGAGCUAUACUCCGUGGAUUCAGAAGGGCUGGCUGCGAAACUGGUUGAUCAUAGAGUGCCGGACUUCGCCUCCGCGCCCUUACAAUGUCCCGGGUACCAAGCUUUGGAGAGCUGUGUUCGCGGAAGAUUUUUCGUCUAUGGAAAUCUUAGAUGCCUCUAACCCCUAGUGAUUUUCUCAGUACAGUGGAACUGGCUACUAUUCUAUAAAUAUCAUGAAUCAAUAAUAUAACCUUCUUUGCUAGGCCAGAUCAAGAAAACCCAGAGCUAGAGACUGGUUGCAAAGCAACAUACGGGAGUAAAUACAGUAUGA